AUGGAUUUGGGCACCGUGCCCAUCAAACUGCAAGGAGUUCUCGACCCAGUCACUGAAUUCCGGCGCGACCUAUUCCAUCGCUCCAUCGAGCCAUAUAAGGCCAGCCUUUCCCAACAGAAUUACGCCGGGACGUUGAGAAACGAGAUUCUUGGGGCUAUUGGGGUCAACGUCAAGGAAAACGCCGUUGAGCUCAUGGAGAAACGGCGGCCCGGCGCCCUCGACGGUAAGCUCAUUUACAUGAGCAGCGUUACCGACCCUUACCAGCCAGUAGAGCGAGAGUUGCAACUGACUCGGGGCAUCCUCGAGAUCAUGGCAGAACGCCACAAACCGAAAUUGGUGAUACAGACCCGCAGUCCCCUCGUGGUCCGCGACUGCGACCUGCUCCGCCGCAUUGAGGACAACGGCGGGCGGGUCCAGGUCAACAUGACCGUAACCACCGACGACGAGGACAUCCGCCGCACCUUCGAACCGUUCUGCCCGUCCAACAUGGUGCGGCUGCAGGCCGUUGGCAAAGUACAGGCCGCCGGGGUCGAUACCUGCAUCACCAUGACGCCGUUGCUGUUGGUCAGCAGCCCCUACGCCUUCGCCGAUAGCCUGCUGGCUACUGGCGUCGAGAAAUUCAUCGCCCAGCCUUUCCACUUUCAGCGAGGCAAAUUCCUCGCCGGCACGCGCGAAGCGGCUUUUGACCUGAUGGCGGAGAAGCUGGGUUGCGACCGGGCAUCCUUCAGGGAAGAAUAUAUGGAGCAUUACCGAAUGGUAUUCGGUGUCAUAAGCCAUAUGCUCCCCGAGCUGGGCGAAGGCAAAACCGGCUUCACCCCGCCUUUUUAA